AUGGCGACAUAUCGCAAUAUCGUGGCAGCCGCCCUCGCACUGGCCGGCUAUGCCUGGGGUGCCGCAACGUCCCAUACGCCUCAUGCAGAAGACACCGUCUAUGAUUAUAUCGUGGUAGGAGGUGGCACAGCAGGCCUCACCGUGGCUACUCGCCUGGCGCAGCGCUCCUUCCGAGUCGCCGUGAUCGAGGCCGGUUCCCGCUACGAAGACAUCUCUCAGGCGGAGUUGCCGGCUGCAGCGGGAUGCCCCGGUAGCAAUUAUCGGCGCCUUCAUUUCCCACGGGGGAAGUGUCUCGGUGGAUCGUCGGCCGUGAAUUACAUGAUCUACCAACGGCCAACAGAACAAUCCAUGCUGCAAUGGGCCGAGGCAGUGGAUGAUCGCAACAAUCCUGGGCCAGUCCAGGUGUCGUAUCCGAACUAUGCGAUGGCGUUUUCCACCUGGAUGAAACUCGGCAUGAACGCAAUAGGAAUCCCCGAUACCAAGGACUUCAACUCUGGUUCCCUGAUGGGCACUCAGUACUGCUCGUCGACGAUCCAGCCGAUCAACGAGACGCGCAGCAGCUCCGAUGCGUUCCUUAGCGACAUCGAUGGCCUCUAA